AUGUUUCCCCUGUCUCCUAUCACCUCUAUCACUCCUAUCACUCCUUUCCCACCCAUCAGGCACAUGUGUCCACAUCAUGCUAACCUAAUAUCAACUAGGCUUUUCGAACGAGGUGCGAGCAGUGUCGGUCUUGAUUUCCUGUCCCAUCCCUUCUGGGAUAAGUACAUUGAGUUCGAGGAGCGGCUUGAGGCCCACGAUAAGAUUUUCGCAAUUCUUGCACGUGUCAUUCAUAUUCCUAUGCACCAAUAUUCUCGCUACUUUGAGCGGUACCGUCAAAUCGCGCAGGGUAGCCCUUUGGCCGAGCGCGCCUCGGCAGAGACCAUCGCCGCUUUCCGCGCUGAGAUCGAAGCUGCUGGCCCCUGUACUGAAGAAGAGAUGACGAAAGCUCUUACAGCGCGCGUGAACAAUUACCACCUGGAGGUUUUCGCGCACACUCAGGCUGAGACGACCAGGCGUUGGACUUUCGAAUCGGAAAUUAAGCGUCCCUAUUUCCAUGUCACUGAGCUCGAUCAAGCUCAGCUGACGAACUGGAAGAAGUAUCUUGACUUUGAGGAAGGCGAGGGUUUGUACUCCCGAACUCAAUUCCUGUAUGAGCGGUGCCUGGUCACUUGUGCCUAUUACGACGAGUUCUGGUUCCGAUACGCUCGCUGGAUGGCUGCUCAGCCUGACAAGGAGGAAGAGGUUCGAAUCAUAUAUCAGCGUGCCGCGUAUCUCUACGUCCCAAUUGCCAAUCCCACGAUUCGACUCCACUAUGCCUACUUCGAAGAGGUGUCAGACCGCGUGGACGUGGCGAAAGAUAUCCACAACGCUAUUCUUAUGUAUCUCCCCAGCCAUGUUGAGACGAUUAUCUCACUCGCAAAUCUGUGUCGUCGCCACGGAGGUCUUGAGGCGGCCAUUGAAGUCUACAAGACACAAUUGGAUUCGCCAGAGUGUGAAAUGGCUACAAAGGCUGCUCUCGUUGCCGAAUGGGCCCGGCUUUUGUGGAAGAUCAAGGGCAGUCCUGACGAGGCGCGCAAUGUUUUCCACGAGAAUCAGCAAUACUACCUCGACAGCCGACCCUUUUGGGGAAGCUAUCUCGUCUUCGAGAUUGAGCAACCCACCAGCGCGGCUACCGAGUCGGUUCAGUAUGAACGUAUCAAGCAGGUCAUUGCCGACAUCCGGUCCAAGAGCGUUCUGCAAGUCGACUCUGUCAAGGAACUUGUGCAAAUUUACAUGAAUUACCUUCUCGAAAGAGGCACCAAGGAUGCCGCGAAGGAAUACCUGGCCCUGGAUCGAGAAAUCUACGGUCCUUCAUCCGUGGCUUCUGUUCGGACUGGCGGGAAUGUGGCGGUGCACCCCACCCCUGCAGAGGGACAGUUUGCUUCGAUUCCUCAGAUGCAGCCCACACCUGAUGCCGCGGCUGCACAGGCGUAUGCCUACUACCAACAGACAGCAGCGAACGGCGGUGCCGCUUGA